UAGUUCCAAAUCAAACACUUACUUACCAAAGUUCAAAGAAUAUGGGUGUCAAAAUUUGGUCACCUCUUCUCUUGCUAGCUUUAACAACCUCUUUUUUCAUUGCCUUGCCCUUGAAAACAAAUGCUGGAGGAAUUGCAAUAUAUUGGGGCCAAAAUGAGGAUGAAGGAACAUUAACAGCCACUUGCAAAAGUGGAUUGUACAAGUAUGUAAACAUUGCAUUUCUCUCCGCAUUUGGGAAUGGCAAAACUCCCGAAAUCAACUUAUCUGGCCAUUGUGAUCCUGCCUCUGGUGGUUGUCGUAAAGUUAGCACCGGCAUUCGAAACUGCCAAAACAUGGGGAUCAAAGUCAUGCUCUCUAUUGGUGGUGGUGCAGAUGGCUACUCUUUGUCGUCGGACGACGAUGCUAGGAACGUUGCUGAUUACUUGUGGAACCAUUUCCUUGGAGGGCAAUCCAAUGAUCGACCAUUAGGUGAUGCGGUACUAGAUGGAGUAGAUUUUGACAUCGAGUUAGGAACUCCCCACUACGCUGCACUAGCAAGGAGACUCUCAGAGCACAGCAAACAAUCAGGUAAAAAAGUAUACCUAAGUGCUGCACCUCAAUGCCCUUUCCCAGACCAAAAGCUUGACCCGGCCCUAAAAACCGGGCUUUUCGACUACGUUUGGAUUCAGUUUUACAACAAUCCAUCGUGCGAAUUCGAUCCUUCGAAUCCUGAGCAAUUCAAGAAAGCUUGGAAUACAUGGACCUCUAAUAUCCCAGCUAGGAAGUUCUUUGUUGGGCUGCCUGCUUCAAAGGAUGCUGCUAACAAUGGCUUUGUUGGGUCCCAAACACUAAAUAAUCAAGUGCUCCCUUUUGUUAAGAAAUCUGGCGAUAAAUAUGGAGGAGUGAUGCUAUGGAAUAGAGCUGAAGAUAUGAAAACUGGGUAUAGUUCUCACAUCAAGGCUAGUGUCUAGGUAUUACUUUUGAUUGUUUACAAAAAAAACGACUUGAUCUCAAGUAUCGAUGUUAUGUUUUCUUUGUUGUGUGUUUCUAUGGCAUGUCUAAUAAGUAUGGUCAAUCAUAGCUAUGAGAUAUUACUAGUAAACAGUUCAUCUUUGAUGAGCAAAAAUUUGAGAUGGGAAAACUGAGGAAGCUAAGCAUAAUGUUAUAUUGUCACUUAAUAACAUUGCAUAUUGCUCGUCA